GAGGUCGAUACUGAGGCACUUACUAAAGCCGGCCAAGUCCCCGGUCCCACUGCACUGGAAAAAGGAAAACCCACCCACGAUAGAAGAAUGGACACGCAGAGUAGAAGACAUCAGGAUAGCAGAGGCAAAAAUAGCAGAUUCCCAAGGGAGAAGCGACAAACAUGUGGAAAGGUGGACACCCUGGAUACUACACAGCACUUAAGUGGAGAUGGAAGAUGA